GACCCGACGACGUUGUCUCCCAAAUAGCGCUCUCCGAUGAGGGCCGCGCUCCCACCGACGACAGCGACGCUCCCUCCCGACGACGGCCGCGCUCUCUCCGACGACGGCGACGCUCCCUCCCGACGAUGGCCUCUCUCUCUACUCCACGGCCUCUUCCUCCCGACCUCUAUCUUCCCGAAUCGCACUCUCUCCCGACGCUAGGCUUUCUCCGACGACGGCCGCGCUCUCUCCCGAGAAGCCCUAGAUCUGCGACGAUAAUCCCCGCCUUUCAGGGUGGUUCUUGCAGAACGGAGAUGCAGUCGCUCUGUUCUCUCGUCUAAUCUUCAAUCGCUUUCACACUCGGCUCGGCUCAAAGCCGUCCCCCCGAGAAGCCCUAAAUCUGACCAGGCCUCAUCAUUUCACUUCGGGUUGUCUUCACUGGUCUCUGGUCUCUGUUCGAUUCUCUCGGCUCAGCAUGUAAGCCCCUCCUCUUCCUUCUUUUUUUUCUUUUUCUGCUCGUGUUGCAUCCAAUAUUCUGGAUAUAUGGCUAGAGCAAAAUGUUCUCGGGUCCUGUUGUCGUCACUCUCAAGGUAUUCGAGGACAACAUCCUGGUUCGGGAGAUGCUUGAAGCUAGAGGCGAAGGGAGAGUGUUGGUCAUCGAUGGCGGAGCAAGCUUGAGAUGCGCUCUGGUGGGUGGGAACACGAUACAAAGUCAUCCUGCACAAGCUGCUCUCGACUUUGAUGUUGGUGAUGCUCGAAGGCAGCCACCUGUUGACACCAUGUGGCAGCAGGGUCUGCUAUUGACAUGAUGACCAGCACCAUAACUGUUGGUAAUCAAACCAACUGUUGCUUAUAAUGCUGAGGAGGAUGUAACUGCUGUAGCCAAACCAGAAGGUGGCAAGCAAUUGGCAUGCUAAGGCAUGUUCUGUUUAGCUACUCUACCUUGGAGAUUAAAGAAACAUGCCAUGGACUUCUUGCUUUGCACCACAGAAGGAGAUGUCUCACGGGAGAGUGAGAGUGAAACUCUAGAUUUCUCAUCAUUUGUCCUAGCCAUUUUGUUGCCUUGCAGGCAUUAUAGUGAAAGAUGUUGAUUUUAUGCCAUUUCAUUUUGUAUAUUCUUCUUAUCAUUAAAGUGCAAAAUCUAGGGGAUUGAGAACGUCAUCAUGUACUCGGAUGUUGUGAUA